GCUCUAACUGCCCCUAUGUAGAGGCGGAAGAGAGAAGUUACGUUGAUCGGUGAGUCGGUAAUCAUACUACAGACCAUGGAGAAAACGGUUCAGAAGAUUGCUAUUGCCUCUAACCCAGGAGGAACAUAUUUCUUACAGAUUGGUUGGGAGGAAGAUUUAGAUAAAGGAUUUACUGUAACACUUUGUGAUGGACAAACUGCAUUGACUGGUGAAGUGUCCACGGAAGAUGUAUCCAGGGAAGCAGCAGAUAUAGAGAUGGAAAAGGCAAAAUAUGUUGAUGAGUUAAACAAAGCUCUGAUUUCUGCAACACUGCCAGCUAGCAAAUAUAGUUUUGAUCUGGUAAAGGAUGAAAAGGAUUAUGACACAUACUGCUUUACGUAUGAGAAGAAAUUAAGGGAUGUUUCGUUUAAACUUGGAUCACUGCAACUCAAGAAUGUGAAAGAACCAGCUGAAAUCAUCAAAGAUUUAAUUAACUAUUGCCUAACCACUACAACAGAAUUACAUAGUAAAAAUGAACAUCUUCAAAAAGAAAAUGAAAGGUUGCAGCGUGACUGGGUUGACAUGCAAGAACAGAUGGAGAAGUUUGUGAGCAGUAAAGAAGAAUUAGAGCAAGAUCUCUAUACUCGAUUUACCUGUGUGCUCAAUGAAAAGAAAGCUAAGAUAAGGAGUCUCAAUGAAAAGUUGUCAAGGGGUCAAACGAAAGCAUCGGAAGAAAGCAACAGUUCUAUUCCAUUUGAUACCGUUCCUGUCAGCGACAUUAAGAAUGAUGACUAUGAUGCCUCAACCGAUGAAGACAGCAAAAGUCCAGAACUCACAAUCAAGGCUGCGCCACCUCCUUUAUCCAGACGUCGAUCUUUAGUGCACAGUCCUGACGAUUCUCCAGAUGUAGCUCCAAGCAGAAAGCGGAGACAACGGGGACAGAAAAUGUCUUAUGCAGAAUUAAAGGAAAAGGCCACUAAGCCAGAAGAUAUAAGAUGUAAAGCAGCCUCUUCAAAGACAACUGGCAAGAAUCCUUCAUCAGAAAAUCUGCCCUUACCAACAUCAAAAACCACUCCAGAUCCAGAUGACCUUUUCAGUGACAUUUAGCUAAACCCCUAAUCCACUCCGGCUUAAAUAAACAGAUCUGGAGCAAUUAUUUCAUGAUAAAUAUAUAAUGUCUCUACAAAUGCACCACUUGUGUCACAGACAUGCUCCAUGUUUGUUCUGUUAGAGAGAUCUUUAAGAUAUUUUUGUAGGGACUUUAAAUAUUUACAGAUUUUUUUUUCAAACAUAUGUUUUUAUUUCAA